GCUACCCCGUUUCUCCCUCCGACGUUUGGCCGGAACCUUCCUUUUCGUUCCGGCCCUUGUACUCGAGCAAACAUGGCUGCGGAGGGAGACGUCGAUCUGGACCUGGAAGCCGAAGAAAACUGCACCGGGAAACCGGCGGAGAAGCCCCGCAAGCAUGACAGCGGAGCCGCUGACCUGGAGAGAGUCACGGACUACGCGGAGGAGAAAGAAAUCUCCAGCUCGGACUUAGAAACGGCCAUGUCAGUGAUCGGCGACAGAAGGUCACGAGAACAGAAAGCCAAACAAGAGAGAGAAAAAGAGUUGGCCAAAGUCACCAUCAAGAAAGAGGACGUAGAACUAAUCAUGUCGGAGAUGGAGAUCUCGCGGGCCGUGGCAGAGCGCAGUCUGCGGGAACACAUGGGGAACGUGGUGGAAGCUUUGGUGGCUCUGACCAACUGAACAAACAUUUACACACUGGACUGCUUCACUUUGUUUUUUUUUUUACACACCGGGGCUCAUCGAGACAAUGAGGCUGAACUCAGCGGUUAAAUUCUUGUGAUGUCAUCUACCAAAUCUUUUUUUUUUCCUCUUUUUUAAAAUAAAAGUUGACCUCCCUC